ACCAGCAGCAAGCACCCUUCACAAAGCCGAGUACCUGGCAGAUAUCAACGGGGCCUCAAUAGCGACCUUGCAUGUCAAACCCGCCUCACAGAAUCAGAACCCAAUACCACUUUGUAAGAAUUCAUCCCCUCACUCAUCAUCUCACUGAGACUUACACACUCCUCACAGGCCCUCACCCAACAUGCUGCCCACACCGGAUACCUCCCACGUCCCAUUUGAGCGUGUGUAUGAGCCAGCAGAGGACUCGUAUCUCCUCCUAGACACCCUCUCAGCCUCAUCCGAGACUUCUUUCCUCACAUCACGCUUUGGCGGCGAAACAUCAUCAUCAUCAUCAAGGUCAAGACCAGCAGCCCCACUGGUAGUCGAAAUCGGCACCGGCUCCGGCGUCGUAAUAGCCUUCCUCGCCGCCCACGCAGCAACCCUCUUCGGCACACCCACCGUCCUCACCGCAGGCAUCGACCUAAACGGCCACGCCUGCCACGCCACAACCUCCACCGUCCGCCGCGCCGUCGCCGACAACCCGUCCACGGCCUCCCCUCCCUCCCUCUGGCUCGGCGCCUCCCUGGGCGACCUCACGACCCCGCUGCGUCCGGCCAGCGUCGACGUCCUCGUCUUCAAUCCACCCUACGUCCCGUCCCCGGAGCUCCCCGCGCAGUCUUCAGCCACGCUCGUCGCCGACGCUGGCAGAAAGACGACGUUUGACGAGGACUCGUAUCUGCUUUCACUGUCGUACGCGGGCGGGCGGGACGGUAUGGAGACGACGGAUCGGUUGCUUGAGGCGUUGCCUGGGGUCUUGAGCGCGAGGGGGUGCGCUUACAUCCUGCUGUGUGCGCAGAACAAGCCGGACGAGGUCAAAGGUCGGAUUGAAGGGUUCGGGGGCGGGUGGAGGGCUGUCACGGUUGGGGAGAGCGGGAAGAAGGCUGGGUGGGAGAAGUUGCAGAUCAUUAGGGUGUGGAGGGAGACAGAGACGGAGGAACACUCUACAUAG